AUGGAUGAAAGGUUUAGUAAUGGGUUUGUACCAGAUGUAGAAAACAUAACAAAGAUAAAAGAAUAUUUGAAUCAAGGAGAUAUAGGAUUUGAAAAUGAAGAUUUAAAAAGAGAAAGAGAAAAAAUAAGGAGUAAUGAUGUAUUUGUAGAAUGUGUAAAGAAUAUAUGGACAAAUAUUUUAAAUAAAAAAUUAAAUGAUAAAUUUAGUAAAAUCGAAUAUUUUAAAAUUAUGUUAAGAAUAUGUAAAGUUUUAAUUCCACAAUUUGAAAUAAAACAAGUCAUUAAAAUUAUAAAUGAUGAAUGGAAUAAUGAUUCAAAAGGAAAAAAAUAUUUAAACUUUGAUUCUUUUUUUAAUACCUUUUUUGAAUUAGCCGAUAUAUGGACUCCAACUAUAAAUGCUCAUGAUUAUGCAAUUUUUUUAAAGUCUUUAUUUUAUCGAAUUACAUUUAUUCAAAUUAAAAAUAAAAAUGGGGAAAUUACAAAAAAAAAACCUAUUAUUAUAAUUAAUUUUAAAAGAAAUAUAGGGGUUGGAGAUAACAAAAAAUUGUCUAUAUUUGAUAAUGAAGUGGAUAAAACUGCAUCUAUUAGUGAUCCGAUUCAAACAGAAUCAAAGGAUAGUACAUCUAAAAGCGAUAAUAAAAACAUAAAUAAUGAAUCAGAACAAAUCAAAAAAGGUAUUCCCCAAAAUAAUAAUACUCAUGAAUCUUUUGAAAACUAUGAUCAAGAUGAAAAUGAAAAAUCAGCUAAAAAAUUAUUUGAAAUUUUGUUAAAUAAUAAAGAAAAAGAUCCUAAGACCCAAAGAAGUAUAUUACUCCUUGAUGUCAAUGAAAUUAGUCCUUUAGAACCUCUAACGGACAACAUUAAUGAAAAUAAUAAUACAUAUAUUCAAGGAAUAAGUAAAACAGAUGAAUUAUCUUCUAAAAUGUCAAUCACAAGAAAAAUAUAUUAUGAUUUUGAAAAAAAUAAACAAAACAAAGAAAGCAUUUCGAAAGAUAAUAGGGGUUUAAAAAAGUUUAAUGAAUUUCAAAUAAAACUAAAUGAAUUAGAUUUCAGUAACACCAAAGAAGAAUAUAAAAAAAAUGUGCUUAGUUCCUCAACUAUUGAAAAUAAUAAAUUUGAUUCAAAAAAAGAAGCUGAUAAAAAUAGAAGAAAAACAGAUGGAUCGAUAAUAAGCAUGCUUUCGAAAUUAAAAUUUAUUGGAGGCAAAAAUAAAGCCCAAAGUAAAAUUGAUCAAAUUAGUGAAGAAGAAAAGCCAAAAGAUGAACAUAAAGAUGAGCAUAAAGAUGAGCAUAAAGAUGAAUAUAAAGGUGAGCAUAAAGACGAGCAUAAUGGAGAACAAUUCUAUGGACCAUAUGUGGUAACUACAUCGGAAAUGGAAAAUUUGUCAAAUGAAUCUUUACUUCUUAUUGACGGAAUUAAUUUGGAGGAAUUUACAAAAGAAUGCAAGAUAGAAGGCUCUAAUGAUUAUGAUACUGAAGAAUUUGAUGAAGAUGCGUCAGGUAAAAUUGUGAACGAGUCAAGUAAAAUUGAAGAUAUGACAGACAAAACUAUGAAUGAGUCAGGUAAAAUUGAAGAUGUGACAGAUAAAAUUAUGAACGAAUCAGGCAAAACUGAAGAUGUGACAGACAAAGUUAUGAAUGAGUCAGGUAAAACUGAAGAUACGUCAACUAAAAUUCUGAACGAGUCAGCACAAGUAUUAUCGAAAACUAGCAAAGACGUUUCAACAGAUUUAGUGGACGAUUUAGGAAGUGACACAAACAUUAGUAAUGACAAAAGUGAAGGUGCAGCAAGCAAAAAUAAAGAUCAAAAAAAAGAAAUAUGCAAUUAUAGGAAGGAUGAUUCAAAAAUGACUGAAGAAGAAAAGGCUAUGGAAAAUAAAGAGAUUUUAAGUGAAGUAGACACGGUGAAGACGAUAAAUGAGGAUGGAUCUUUGGAUAAGAAAGGAGAAAUAAAAGAAAGUGAUAAAAAUGAAUUUGAGAUAAACAAUAGAAAUAAAGAAAUAAAUGAGUUUAAUCAGGAAUAUAAAAAUAGUAAGAUCAAUCAGAACAAUGAGGAAAGCGAAGAAAUGAAUUACUUAGAUGAAGAAUACAUAAAUGUACUAAAAGAAAAUUUGAAAGAUAAAGAUUGUAUAGAAAUAAAAAAAGAUAAUAUAAAUGAUAGCAAUGAUGUAGAAAAUAUUAAAUUAGUUGAUAAUAAGUUAAAUCAUAUAUCGAAUGAAAAUAUUUCUAACGAGGGUGAUGAUAUGCUUAAAACUAAAAAUUAUCUAGAAAAUGAGAAAAGGACAUUAGAAGAAUUAGAAAAUAAAGAAAAACUAAAAAAAAUGGCUUUAUCCAAAAGUAAUUAUAAUAAUUUAGAUGGACUAAUUAAUGAUAGUAAAAUAAAUUUAGAAGGAAAUUAUAGUACAAAUGAUGAUUCAUUAAAUUUUAUGAGCAAUAAAACAAAUAUAGAUAAUAAACAAAAUGAUAGUUCAUUUGAAAUUAAAAAUAUACAUCUUGAUGAUGAGUUGAUAAAAUCUCCCAAAUCUGGAAUGAAUGAAACGGUUAAGAAAAGUGCCUCAGGUUCGAUAAUAAAUCCUGACCUUGAGCAGAGCAAAGAUGUGAUAAGCAGUUCUGAAAUUGAAGGCAGAGAUUCUAAAGAGCGCAAUGAAUACGAGAAAGAAGGGUCGAAGUCUAAAAAAGAAGAGACAAAGGAAAAUGAUAUUGAAAAAGAACACGAAGAAAUGAAGCAAAGCGAGAUUGAGAAGGAAAAAGAAGAAAUGAAGCAAAACGAAAUUGAGAAGGAAAAAGAAGAAAUGAAGCAAAGCGAGAUUGAGAAGGAAAAAGAAGAAAUGAAGCAAAGCGAGAUUGAGAAGGAAAAAGAAGAAAUGAAGCAAAACGAGAUUGAGAAGGAAAAAGAAGAAAUGAAGCAAAGCGAGAUUGAGAAGGAAAAAGAAGAAAUGAAGCAAAACGAGAUUAAGAAGCAAAAGGAAUUGCUAUUAGAAACAGUCAGAAAAAGUAUAUCUAGUAAUUGCGAAUCGUAUAAGGAAAAUUUUAAUAUUUUUUUAAAUAAAAUUGAGGAAAAUGAACUCAUGAAAAAUGUAGAAGAAAAUGGAGAAGAAAAAGGGAGAGAAAAUGAGGAAGAAAACGACGAGAAAAAAUGGGGCGAAGAAGAAGAUAAUGAAUGGGAAGACAACAAAGAAAAUUAUGAUAGCAUAAUAAAAAAAUGUUUAACUACCAAAAUACAAAAUGAAAAAAAUGAUUAUGAGACAAAAAAUUUAGAAAAUAAAAAAAAUGAUAUAAUUCAAAAUUUAGAAAUAAAAAAUGUGUGUGGAAAAAAAGAAGAAAACAAUAAUAAUAUAAAUCAAGAAUUUAUUAAAAUUAAUAAAAUAUUGAAUGAUGUUAUUAUUAAAAGUGAAAUUGGAUUAAUAGAAAAAGAAAAUGAAAAUUUAUUAUCUGUUCAGGUAGAUCAAAAAAAAGUAAAAGAAUUUCAAAUUGAACAGCUUAAUAAAAUUCCAAAUGAACUUAAUGAAGAAUUUCAAGAUUUGUUAAAAAAUGAAAAAGAAGUUAAAAAUAUUAUAUUUCAAGAUUAUCAAACUGGUGAUAUUUUAUUUAAUCAUGAAGAAGGUUUAAUAACUAGUUCAGGAGAGGUCUAUAAAAAAGAAGAGCAAGUAGAGAAGCAAACGAGUGGUGAUCCCCUUUUUCAACAUAAAGAGGAUAACAUAAUUAAUGAUGCAGAAAAUGAAAAUAACGUAACUAACAAUGUUGAUGAUGAAAAUAACGUGACUAACGAUGUAGAAAAUGAAAACAAAGUGACUAACGAUGUAGAAAAUGAAAACAAAGUGACUAACAAUGUUGAUGAUGAAAAAAAUAUUUAUCCCCUAGAGCAUGCACAAAGCAAAUCAGUGCAUGAAGAGGGUCAAAAUAUUUCGAACUCCUAUGAUGGCAUUUCUAAAAAAUCGUUGAGUGUUGAGAAGUAUGGUAAUGAUAUAUCAUCUAAUGAUGAUUCAGACAAACUUAAGUCUGAUUUAGAAAAUAGAACCCAUUACGAUAGUUUUGAUCCCAAUGUUGAGACUGAAAAAGGUGAAAAAUUAAAUGAAGGUUCUAAAUCAUUUGAAAGGGUAAAAGAUGAAGGAAAGACAAAUGAAAAAACGGAUGAAUAUGUGAAGUUUGAAGAAAAUGUAUAUAAGUCAUCAGAAAUAAAUGAAGAAUCAAAUGAUAAUAUCAUUAGUGAAAUAAAAAAAAUAGAGGAAAAUGUUUCAAUUUAUGAAAAAAUGACAACGACAGAAAAGUUAGUAGAUGACACAGAAUUCAUAGAAGACAAAUUAGAAUACAUAAAACUAUAUCAUAAAAAAAAUAAUGAAAGAAAUAAAUUAAAAUAUUUAUUUGUAGAUGAUAUAAAUAAGAUGAGAAAUUUUAUAAAAAUAAAUAAAAGAAGUAAAAAAGAAAAUUUUAUAAUAAUAUCUAAUAGUUGUCCAAAUAUAUAUAAUUUAAUAAAAAAACUAAAAGUUGAAUUUAUUGAGCCAUCAAUAAUAUUAAAUAAAAAUUUUAAGAUAGAUAAAGAACUUUUAUCACCUUUAGGUAAAUUAAUAAAUUUAAAUCUCGAAAAAGGUAAAUCUAUUGAUUUAAAAAUAAUGAUGGAUUUAACAUUAGAAUAUAUGAAUACAAUGAUAUCAAAAAAUAAUGGUUAUGUUUUAUAUUUAAAUAAUAAUUUUAUACAAUAUACAGAAUAUUUUUUAUUAAAAUUAAGAAAAUUAUCUAAUUUAAAUUAUAUUAAUUAUAUUAAUUUUUUAAAUAUGAAUUUUUUAAAAAAUGUGUCUAAUACUACCGAAAUAAAUGUUAGUGAUUUCUUGUUAGAGGAUCACAAUUUAAUAUUUCCAAACCCCUUUAAGGAUUCCUUUCCCGUUUUUUGCAUUUUCUUAAACAUUCACAAACUAUCAAUAUGCAAUAAUAUAGAACCAGAACCCGUUGAUGAAGCAUUUCAACGAUUGUUAAUAGCGUUUAAAAACAAAAACAUCAACCCUCAAAAUGGAGAAAACAAUGAUGCAAAAGAAAAAGAAUUAAAUGUUAUAAGUAAAGAAGGAGAAGAUAAAGAUUCAAGCGAUGAAAUAAAAACAGAAUCUAUAAAAGAUGAAAGUAGUAAUGAUGAAUCUGACAAUCUUUCAGAAAGUCGUGAAGAAAAUGAUGAGACAAGUGAAAAAGAAGAAGAUAACAAAAGUGAUGAAAAUAAUGAAGUUGAACAGGAAAAGAAAGAAAUAAGUGAUGAUACUCAAGAUAAAGAUCAAAAUAAAACGGCGGUAAUUUUAUCAGAAAAUUUAGAACAUAUCGAAUCGGAUGGAUAUUCAGAUGUAGAGUAUCUAAGCAUAGAUAGCAUCGAGAAAAAUUACUUAGAAACAGAACCGGUAAAUAAACUAAAUGAAGUAAAAGAGAAGGAAGAAGAAUCCACGACAGAUACAGAGACAGAUACUGAAACAGAUGCAGAAUCCGAAGAAAGUAGUGAGGAAGAGACAGAAUCAGAAGAAAGUAGUGAAGAAGAAACAGAGUUAGAAGAGAAUGAUGAAAUAAAGAGAAAUCAAGAUAAGGAAAAUUUAUGGGAAAAAAAAUAUGGAAAAACAUGUGAAUACAUCAAUAUGAUAAAUGCAAAUGAUAUAAGUGAUAAAUAUUUUAAUUUGGCAAACAAAAGAAUAAAUUAUAUUUACAAAUGUAAUGAUCCUAUAAAAUAUUAUACAAAUUAUUACACAGAUUUAAAAACAUAUUUUGAAUCAAUAAAAUAUGAAAAAGAUAUUUCAACCAUUGUUUCUCAUAAUAGUGUAGAAUUAAAAAGUGACAAUUUUCAAGUUAAAGAAAUAGAUGAGAUGUGUGAGGAAAAUAAAAAUGAAUUAGAAAAAAAACUAAAGAAAAUAUUUGAAACAUUAAAAAUUAUACACAUAGAUAUAAUAAAAAACAGAUCAAUCAAUAAACUAUUCUAUAUUAAUAUGAUUAAAAAUAAUUAUUCUUAUUUUUUUAAAAAUAAUUUUUUCCCUUAUAAGUAUCAAAAGAAGAGAGAAAUGCUAGGGGGAGAUAUCGAAAAAGAUGAGACAGAAAAAAAUAAUAAUAUUUAUGCUGAGGAGACAGAAAUGAAUUAUAAAAACGAUAUACUAGUGAUAAAAUUAAAAAGAAAAACAAUUUUAACAGAUUUAGAGUCAGAAAAUAUGAUCACAAGUUGUGUAGAAGUGAAUGAGUCAGAUGACAAUGUAGAAAAAGAUAAAAACAAAAAUCAUAAAGAAGAGUAUGAAUAUUAUUAUAGAAAUUGGAAUGAGUUUUACAAAUAUUGUCCAGUUUCAUAUAUUGAUGAAAAGAAAUUUACAAAAGGGAAAAAAGGGUUUAAAAUAAUUUAUAAGAAUAAAGUAUAUAUUUUAGAAAAUUAUGAAAAAAUGAUUGAAUUUUUAAAAUUUCCACAAUUUUAUUCAAGUAAAAAAAUAAAAGAAUCAAUUAAUUUUAAUAUCAUUAUAUAUUUUCCAAAUAUUUGGAUAAAAAAUAAAAUUUUAGAUUUCUUAAACUCAUAUGAAAAAAUAAUACAUAUAGAUGUGGAAGAAUAUUUUAAAAAUAUAUUAAAAUCAAAAGAUGAGAUGGCUAAAGAUAAUUUAGAUAUAUAUAUGUUCGAGUUUAAUAAUUUAGUAAAAGGAAAACAAAUAUCAGACAUACUUAUAGUUAGAUAUAUUUGUAUACAAAUGAAAAAAACAAAUAAUUUUAACAUGUAUAUAAUUAGAAAAAUUAUUGGAAAUUUAAAUUUUCUUAAAAAUGAAAUUAUAGAAUUAUUAGAGACAAAAAAUGAUUUACCUUUUUGUGAAGAAGAAAAUGUUUUGAAUGAAUCUUCGGGGGAUCAACAAAAUCCUGCAUCUACUUUGAGCACCAAUUUUAAUGAAUCAAAUAAAUUAAAAGAAAUUUCUACUAUAGCAAUAAAAAUACGAUAUUUAUACAACCUUCUAGUAAUUAAAAAAAAUGAAAAAAUGGAUCUGCAUUUAAAUAAUGUGUUAGACCCAAUUUUUAGCUCUCAAAAUUUAGAAUCUAUAAAUGAGGGUAUAGAUAAAUUUAGUCUACAUUUAAUCAAAACAUUUGAAAAGGAAAAAAACACUCAGAUGUGCAAUUCGAAUCGUUUAGAUGUAUCAAUAGAAUCUAUAUCAAAUAUGAUAGAUGUAGAAGAGUUUGAUAGUACUCUAUACAAAGAGGACAACCAAGGAAGUGAAUCCUCACCAAAUUUAACAAGCAAAGAAAUAGUUUCUAAUAAUAGUUUUAUUAUAUCUGGGUUGCCAUUAAAUAUGAAUAUUUAUAAGUAUUUUAAAAAAAUGGAAAUAAAUAUAGAUAAUAUUAUAGGGUUUAAUUUAAAGCGAAAAAAAAAGCAAAGUUUUAAAUGUGAAUUUGAAAAGCAAGUAGCCAAACAAAAAAUAAAAAAAGACAGCUCAAUAAAUAAUGCAAACAAUUAUGAUAACAUGUAUUUAUAUAAUAAAGAUUAUAUUAAAAUGCUUAAUGAAUUAGAAAAAGAAAAUUUUAAUCUAAAUAUUUUAAAUUUAGAAGAAGAAGAAGGAGAAUAUAGUAGUGCUUAUGAAAAUAAUCAAUAUGCAUAUCUUGAUCAGAUUCAAAAAUUAAUAAAUCCAUAUAUUCACAAUUAUUUAAAUUAUAAUAGUGUAUUAAAAAAUGAUAAAUUAAUUGAUAAAAUAAAUAACUGUUAUAUAAAUAUGUACUGUCCAUAUAUUUUAAAAAAAUAUAAUUGGCUAUAUAAAUCUAGGAAUAAUAUAAAAUUAAUAUAUAAUAAGAAAAUACACUUUUUAUCUAAUCCAUAUCAUUCUUUAUUAUUUAUGAAAAAUAUUAAUUUUUAUUCAAACAAUUUUAAUGUAGUACCACCAUUAAGAAUAUUAUUUUUAUCUGAUUACGAAUCCAUUUUUGAAAAAGAAGUAAAUUAUAUUUCCAACAUAUUUAGUCUAAAUAUUGUAAAUAUAGAAAAAGAAUUUUUAAUGAAUCUUACAUAUAUAUGCAUAUAUAUAUUAAAAUAUAUUUACUUAUUUAAGUUGUCUAAAUUUGAUAAUAAAAAGAAACUAUAUUUUAAUAUAUUGCCAAUUCAUGCUAUACCCUUUGAAAAAUUUGAAGAAGAUAUUUAUUUAGAUGAUGAGGAUAUUCAAUUUUUAGAAAACAACAUUAGUUAUUUUGAUAAAGAAAUAUAUAAAAUUCAAUUAGUAGAUGUAAAAUGUGAUGAAUACAUAUACGACAUACUAUUUGAUCAAAUAAAACCAUCUAAUGUCAUUUUAAAUAUUUUAAAAAUUUUGACAACAAGAUUAAUAUUGCAUGAACAACUUGGAAACUGUCUUAUCACAUACUUAUAUGAUAGAAAAUCUAUUUUUAGUAUCACUUCAGGGGAAAAAAUGAAAAAUCUUUUGAAAUCGAUCUUAAUGGAUAUCAGAACAGAUUCAUGUACAUCUAAAUUAGAUGUCAAAAAUGGAACUACUGAUAUGGAAAAUGUUCACACACCAUUAAAUAUUGCAUCUAAUGAAGUAAAUGAUAAAAUGGGGGAAGAAAUAGACAAUAUAAAUAAAGAUUAUGAACCUGUAAAUAAUCAACAAAUCGAGACAACAUUUUCUAAGGAACGAUUUUAUACCAGUAUAAAUGAUAGUAAUGAAUUUUUUUCUUCAGAUACAAAUAGUAGUGAUUCAGAAGAUGAUGAUUCUACAUAUGAUUCGGAUGAUCCAUUUCCAUACAAAAAAGAUGUAAUAAGUAUAGAAGAAACAGAAGAAAUAUUUUCCAAAAAAAAUGAAAAUAAAAUAUUAAGAAGUAAAUACAAAUUUUUAGAGAAUAGUGUUUUAAAUAAUUUUGAAAAGGUUUUGAAAUAUUCUUAUCGGGUUCCUGAACAUGUAAUAUAUUUGACAUGUGAUGAAGGAAAAAACUAUAAAAAGUUGAAAGCAAAAAUAAAACAAUAUAAUAAAUAUUAUCAAACAAAAGAAGAAAAAUGUAAAGAAGAGAAAUAUGGUAAAGAAAUUAUAAAUGAAAAAUUGAAUAUAAAGAAAGACAAUAAAUUAAAUUUAGAUAAAAUAAAAAGAAUUUGUAAAAAAAAUAAAAAAAUAGUUAAGUAUCUUGAAAGAAAUACAAACAUUUGGAAAAUCGAUAUAGGAAAAGUGCAUAUAAAAAAUGUUAGAACAUUUAUCGAGAAUAGAUUAAAAGACAUGUUACAAUAUAGAAAUAAUUUAUUUCAUCAAUUAAAUAUAAAAAGGGUUGAUAAAACAUGGGCUAACUUUUUAAAAAAUAAUAAUUAUAUUAAAUUAUCAAGCUUUUAUUUUUAUUCUCCUGUAAAUAUUGAUAGUAUUGUUAAUAUAGACACAAAUUAUUUACUUAUAUAUGAUUCUUUUUUAUUUUAUUUUAGAACUGAAAAUGAAUUAAACACAUUUUCAAAAAAUCCAAUUCAUUAUUUAAAUCAAAUCAAACCAUCACCAAAUUUUAUUCUCCCAUUUAUAUUUUUAUAUACAAAUAUACAUAUUGAUUCUAUAUAUGAAUAUUUAAAAAAAAGUAACCUUAAAUAUAAAAUAAUUAACUUACAAAGUUUAUUAUCCUUUGGUUAUGGAAUAGAAAAAUAUAAAAAACUAAUCGACCAAAACAAAAUAAAUGAUGAAAUAAUAAUUGAACUAAUCAAAUUAAGAAGAAAUCAAUAUGAUGUUUUAUCUCAUGGAUGUAUAUUAUAUAAUAUUCCAUUUAAUGAUAAUCAAUUAGCUAGCUUUUUUAUGGGGAAGGAAAUUCCACAUUUAGUAUUUUUAAUACACGAUAAAAAUGGAGGGGAAACUCAACCCAAUACUUGCAUAUGUAAUGGUAAUUAUAAUGACCUGAACAAUGCAUGUUCAAAUAUGCCUAAUUGUUUAAAUAUAGACAAUACAAAUGUUGGUGAAUUUAUAAAUAAUAUUAAAGAAAAAAUUCCAAAAAAAUAUAAUAAUGUUAUUUAUAUAGAAUAUAAUAAUAUGUGGAAAAUGAAAUAUGAAAUAGAAAAUGCAAUUGAAGAAAAAAUAAAAAGUUAUCAAAGAUAUAAUAGAUAUAAAUAUAAUAAUCAAGUUGCUUAUUUUAAGGGUUUUAAUAUAUAUGAAAAAGAAAAUUAUGAGCAAGAAAUAAAAUUUAAUAAAUAUUGUAUAGUUACAUAUAAAAAAAAAAAUAUUUUAGAAAAAUGCAACAUAUAUGAUAAUUAUACUGUCUAUUAUGAUGGCAAUUAUUAUUUGGUUAAUACUUAUGAAGAUGUUUUAGAUUUUGAAGCAGAUCCUGAAACUUAUAUAAAUGUAGAAGAACCAUCUAAAAAGUUUGAAAAAAUUAUAAACUUAGAAGAAGAUAUUAAAAUAGAGAAUGAAGGAUUUUGUUUGGUUAGUUUAAAAAAUGAAAAUAAUUUUGUUAAGGGAAAUAAAAAUUAUUGUAUAAAAUAUGAAAAUGCAUAUUAUUUAUUUGAAAAUGAAGAGAAAAUGGAAACUUUUGUUAAUAAUUCUAAAGACUAUUUAUAUAAUCAAAAUAUGUUUGAUAUUAUCAUUGAAAAAAUUAAAUCCACAAAUGAUAUCACUACUUUAGUUUAUCUUAAAACAUAUUUGUAUGACAUUAUAUGUCAGGGAUUAUACGAAUUAGGAAAACAUAGACCACUAUAUCCUGGAUUAACUGUAAAAUUGAGUGCAAUACAUUUUUUAGCUUUUUUCUUUUAUAAAGAAAAUAAACAAUUUUCAACGUCUCUACGAAGAAAAUAUGAACAAAAGUUUAAAUCAUUCUUAAUGGAAUGUGAAAUACCAAUCAAUAUACAAAAAUUAAAAAAAAAAUUUGAAAAUAAAUCGACUCUUAAAAAUCAAUCAAUCAAAAAACCAACUAAAGAUUGGACAAAAAGAGACAUAGAAAAAUACAAAAAUUAUAUAAAUUUAUAUGACAAAAUAUUAUUUUCCCAAAAAAAUAAAAUAAAUAAUUAA